UAAUUAAUCGCUUGUUCACGACAAAUUGGAGUAUUAGAGCUGGUGAAUUCGUUGUACUUGGUGGUUUAAGUGUGGUUUUUGUGUAUAAAUGGCGAAAAGAUCGGGGUUCGAGUGGGAGGUCCUUGGCGCUGAUUGGCUGGCGGAAGCCUCGAGCUGCUCCUCGACCAAUGAGGACGAGGCGGCUCACAGUUCCUUUCACCCAGCGCCAUAUUAAGUGACACCUGCGUCCUCCCACAUUAUUUCUAGUCAUCCUCACAUCUUUCAAGCGGUUAAAAGCGUUAAUAUGCUGUGGGUAAUUGUGUGCGUGACCCUGCUGGUUCACUGCCGUGGCUGCAAGACUUAGUCUGAGGAGGUGGUGAUGAGCUGGUCAAGUCCCACAUAGUUCAAGGACAAGGAAAGUUGAAUUUGGCCCAGGAUGAGGCAAGACCUGGCGGGGACGUCCUCAGAGGGUGUAGCUUUGCCUGAACUGUUUUGUAACACUGCUACCUUGACAGUACUGGCCCCUAGGCAGCAGUGUUGGUCAUGCUAGUGGUGGGUGAUGGCUGGGAUACAGUGCAGAUUGUAGGUGCCAGAAGUGUGCUCUUCAAGCUUUUAUUGUGAGCUGUAUCUGCUUGGAGCAAUGGAGGCAGAGGCAGCUGAAAGAUCAGUGUCCUCGCCCUCAGGCAGUGAGGAAAUGGAGAGUGACGGGGAGAUCAAACACGAAGAUGAGGUCGACAACGGAAAGGAUUCCGAUGAAGAGAAUGACAAAGAAGAAGCAGAAGAUUCUGACUCGGACGAGAGCGAUCCAACGGGCGAGGAAGGUUCCGAGAACUCCGUCAAGUCAGACGACAUCAAGAACUCCGAAGACAAGAAAAACACGAAAGAUUGUGAAGCUUCGGUGAACGACCAUGAUGUGUAUGUGAUGGACGGAGAAUGUUACCCCAUGGCUGAUCUACCCCUAGAGGUGAUCACUACUGUGGAACCAACCAAUUAUUCCUACCCAGUUCUCAAAAAUAUGUCCAAUGGGGUCCUGACACACAGAAAUAUAUUUACCGAGCACGAACGAUCUGUGUUAGUGAACAUCAUAAAUAAAUACCGCAACAUAGUCGACACUCGCAGCCGAACCCGCGAAAUAUAUCUGGAAAAACAGAGCGUUUGGCAACAGAUAGUGGAGGAAUACAACAGUACCGAGAAUAUUAUGGUGCGCACGGAGAAAGAAUUACGUAAGUGCUGGGACAACAUGAAGUACCGGGCGAAGCAGGCUGAGAAGGAAAUGUUCAAGGUGCUGGAUGGAGUCCAGGUGAAGGCCGAGGCUUCUGAGUUUGAAGUGAAAAUGGAGCCGCUAGACCAGUACGAUCAACGCUCUCCUUCAGAUGAUGAAGAAGACAGCACAGAGCCCUCUGGUGGUGGUGGUGGUGGUGGUGGUGCUGGUGAUGAUGACAGGGAACCUGCUUUAAAAAGAGCCCGUCAGGAAUCUCCCAAGCUCUCCAGCCUCCUGUUGGCUGCUGCAAACAAGCGUUCUCCUUCCAGGAAAGUUAAUGGAAGUAAAAAUGGUGGAGUAACAACAAACAAGAAUAGUAGCAGUGGCAGUUUCCCAUACAAUAUACCAGCUUGCACAAAGGUUCUGCAUGUAAAGAAGAAAGCUCAUCCCUUCAGUCCCACCGUAACAGUGAACACCACCUCGGCAUCAGAGAUUCCUAUAUUACCAAAGGGAUUAGCAUCUUGCUUAUCCAUUACCAAUAUCCCCAACCCUGUCAGUGCUACCAAUCACAUCAGUGGAAACUUUGGUUCUCACAUGAGAGAUUCAGUUUCACCAAGCAGUUCUCCCAUUCAAGGUUCAAUCAAACCAAUGCCAAGCUUGAAGAAAAUGGUACCCAAUAAACAUCAAACGUCCAGCCUCAACAAAAACUCUAACUUGCGAGGGUCUCGGAAGUCCGGUACCCUAUCUUCAAAAAUGAGGGGUCGCAACUCUGUCCCUUCUCAUAGCUCUAGAAUAAUUAUUGAGAAUGGCAGUGGCAGGCAACUACUAUUUUGCCAUUGUUGGACACCAUGACAACCCCAUGUUUGAGAUGGAGUUUACACCAGCCAACAAAGAGCCCAAGAAGGAAGAUCAUCGGCACCUCAACCAGUUCAUCGCCCACGCAGCUCUUGACCUGGUGGAUGAGAGCAUGUGGACCACGGGCAACAUGUAUCUCAGACUGGUUGAUAAGUUUAACGAGUG